UCCUAGGGAUAUGGCAAACAUUCCACCUCCAUCACAGAGUUCAUCCUCCUGGGAUUCCCUCCUAACUCAAGCAUGCGGAUGCUCCCCUUUGGCCUCUUCCCCCUGGUUUAUGUGUUCACCCUGCUGGGGAAUGGGCUCAUCCUGGGGAUCAUCUGCCUGGAAAGCAGACUGUGCACCCCCAUGUACUUCUUCCUGUCCCACCUGGCCACCGUGGACAUGGCCUAUGCCUGCAACACGGUGCCCCAGAUGCUGGUGAACCAGCUGAGCCCAGCCACGUCCAUCUCUUUUGCAGGCUGCAUGACUCAGACCUUCCUCUUUUUGACUUUGGCUAUCUCAGAAUGUCUGCUUCUGGUAGUGAUGGCUUAUGACUGCUAUGUGGCCAUCUGCCACCUCCUCCAAUACUGUGCCAUCAUGAGCUGGAGGGUCUGCAUCACCCUGUCAGUGACAUCCUGGACCACGGGAUUUCUUCUGUCCUUCAUUCACCUAGUGUUACUUCUACCUUUACCCUUUUGUAUGUCCAAGAAAAUCAAACACUUUUUCUGUUAAAUCAUGGCUGUGCUUAAACUUGCCUGUGCAGAUACAUUAAUGAGAACAUGGUCUUGUCAGGGGCAGUGUCUAUGUUGGUGGGGCCAUUCUCCAUGAUUAUAGUCUCAUACAUGCGCAUCCUGCAUGCCAUCCUGUAGAUCCAAUCAAGAGAAGAGAAACGAAAAGCGUUCUCCACCUGCUCUUCCCAUCUCUGUGUGG